AUGGAUAAUGCACUUAAACAAAUCAUCAAUAAUCAGUAUGUUAGAAGACUGAUAUUCAAUCAUGUCUCUGUCAUACAUCAACAGUUGGAUAUAGCAAGCUUCAAAUACGAGAAUAUUGAAAACUGUCUCUACCAGUUAAUACUGUACAAUCGCACUGAUUCAUUUAUCAAUCAGUUCCCGCGAUUCUAUGAUCAAAUUAAAGAUGAACAUGGAUCCUUUUGUGAGCAAGUGUACCGUAUCAACGACAUUCUAUUUGGUCCCUUACUACAGAUCAUAUUAUUGAAAGACAACAGUCGUGCACUAUCAUUUAUGCUUGGAUAUGUAAAUGAUCAACUGCCACAGAAUAGAUCAUCACCAUUUUCACUCUCUAUGAGGGAAAGAUUGGCUUAUGAUGACAACCAAGCAUAUAGAUUAUCUUUGGAGACUAUCAUGGUUCUAUUGAAUAGUAGUAUUAAAAUAUCGAACCAAAAUUUAGUAACCAUAAUGGUUGAAUCACUCAUAUCAAGUUGUCAAUUGGAGGCACUACAGACUAAAAUAACAAAAGAGCAAUUCCAACUUUGCACCAAACAAAUCAAUCGACAAUUUCGAAAUGAUUGGGACUUUAUAAAAACAGUUGCAACAAAAAAGAAAUACAAGUCGAUCCUUGGAUACCAUAAACAAAUCGAAAGAGAGAUCAAUCAAUUAAAAAGAUUUGGUUCUCUUUUAAUUAAUAAUGAUAUCCCACCACCAUCCAAUGCCGAUCAAGGGAGUAUAAAGAAAGUAGAUAAUGUCACCACCGAACCUGUGCGUGAGGAAUAUACUUUAUUUCUAAAAGAUUGGUUGAACCAACCUUCAAAGGAACUGGAACUACAAGAUAUGAUACGAUUAUAUAUUGGUGGAUUUCUACUCAGCGACCAACAAGUUAUGGAGAAAUGUCAACUUUAUUUCUCCAAUCAUAUAAACCUGGAAUCAAUAUCUCAAGAAUUGUUGGAGAAAUUUCGAAAUGAUGCAUGUCAAUUUGGACUAUUACCAAUCGUCAAACUACUUAUUAAUAUUGAUAUGUUUGAUUUGACAAUGCCACUUGUCAGAGCCAUUGAAAACAAUAAUUUGGAUGUGGUCAAGUAUUUGUUGGAUAUGGAUACAUCGGUGGUCGGAUCACUCUUUUACUUUAGGAGAUGCUUUUCAAUUGCCCCUAUGUCUGAUGAAUUGUUUGACUAUCUAUGGAGGGCGUUUAGUCGUGAAACCAAACAUCGGGUAUUCGAUUGCGCUAAAAUCAUACUUGACAAUUAUUCCUCAGUACCUAUAAUCACAAAACAUAUCAGUCGACUAUAUGACAAUUAUUGGAAUCAACCAUACCAAGAUGAUGAUCAAGAUUUUUAUUGUUCACCAAAAUCUACAACAUCAGAAUUAAAAAGCAGUAAAAGAAAAAAAUACUUUACAAUGAUGGAAAAAUCUUUACAGUAUGGUUAUAUAUUCAAAGAUCUUGGUAUUGUCAUACAAGACAAGUAUGAUCACGUUAAUAAUCUUUAA